CAUGUAUCUGACUGAUUGAAUGCAAGCAAGCAAGCAAGCCUACGGACACAGAGAUCUCUAAGGCCAUGGCUUAUUAAGCCAUGGAAAAUAUUUAGUUUUCGCCUUUUUGUCGUGUACCUUUACGGUUUUGAAUAAAUAUGUGGAAAUAUGUGUCGCGGCGGAUUAGAGACACGUUUGAGAGAAGCGUUAAUCAUUUUGACAAACGCAGUUCUGCAGGUGUCGUAAAUACUUCUGGUAGUGUACCGGAUGAGAAAAGCAAGCGAUCUGCUCCACCGUGUCGCUGGUUUUGCUCGCGGAAGUGUUGGGGCUCAUUCCAAGGAGAUAAUGACACUAACAGCAAGCGAUGGAACUUCGAACAACUGAAUCGCUCUUGGAUUGGUGCCAUAACAUGGAGUGGUGCACUUGUAGUGGGCUGGUACACAAGCCAGCUGAUCCAUCUGAAACUUAAGUAUCUCUCCAAACAACAAAAGAAGGACCAUCUGUGUAACAAUACUUUGCUAUCAUUACUUCAUCCAUACAUCAACUGUGUGAAUAAAAGUCCAGUAUAUUUGAAUUCUGCUUCCCAAAUUGAAAAGGUUGUACAAACCUUUACUCCUAAGGUGCAUUUCAUUUCUAAUGAACAAAGUGAAGCAAGCAAGGAAAGUAGCAACAGCAGUGGUAACACUGCACCUCCUGAAGACAACUUGGGAGAUGUGUUGAACUCCAUUGAGAAUAAGUUGGGUUUGGCAGCGAUAGAAAAUGGUCAGCACAAAGAUGGACUCAAUUUGUUGAGAUCAGCAGCAAACCGUAAUCAUGCACCAGCCCUAUAUAAUUUAGGGUUGUGUUAUGAAAUGGGAUUAGGAGUAUCCAUCAAUGAAAAAACUGCUAUGGAGUUGUAUCGUUCAGCUGCUGCUUUAGAACAUCCAGGUGCAUUAUACAACUUGGGGGUGUACUAUGGACAAGGACGUGGAGGCCUCACCCGCGAUACCGAUAUGGCCACCAGAUUGCUUCGCCUGGCGGCUGUGCAAGGCCAGAAAGAUGCCAUUGAAGCUUUGAAGUCACUCGACAUAGAUAUGUCAGAACCUCCAAAGCAAGGUGAAUACAACUGGGCGUAUCAUCGUUGUACACCGGAAGAAAACAGUAUUGUACCAAUGCAUACUACACUUUUUGUUGAAAAUGUUAAUUAUUUGCGAUUUCCAAACCAAGCUACUGUUUACUAGAUCAGAAUGGUAUUUUCUAAUGUAUAAUAUAGAAUUUUAAAAUUCUAAAAUAUAAAUCUAAUCAAUUAUAUUUCAAAGUGUAUUUUCUUCCAGUAGCAACGGAAUUAGCCAUGUUUCUUUUAUGUUGUAGGGGUAAGAUUGACAAAGACAAAUUUUGAAAUAAGAUUUCAUUAUAUUUGUGAAUUAAUUAAUGUGAUUUUGAUUACAUGCUUUAUAGAUAUAAGGUACUAUGUUUCCUGGUGUAAUGGUAAUAAAGAAAUGAACAAUUUCAGCUUCAA